AUGGUUUAUUAAAUGUGAUUUAACCCUUGGUGGAUUUAUUACUCAGGAGUUUUCUCCACUGUUAAACCUGUUUGCAUUGUAAUGUUUUAUCUGCGACGAAAAUAUUACUGAUUUUUCAUCAACUUUAGAUGCCACUGUAUCCUGAAUAUUAGCAGGGAUUAGUUUGUGAAAUAUCGUCUUAUCUCCAGGUGCUUUUAUCGGUUUAAAUGGCAAAUAACAACACGAAUACUUCGUGGAAAACAACUGUUAUUGUCAGCACGUCCCUUCAGAAUAAGGAAAUUACAGUGCUGCUUUUAGCACAAGAACAUCUACUUCGUUAUUCAGACAGUAUUGAACCCGGUACACUUGUCUUUCCUCUCUCAGGUGUGGCAUUCUUGUUGAUCACAAGUGAGGAGUUUCCUGAAACUGAGUGUGAAGAAUUCUUUAAAAGGAUUGAAAAAUUCCUCCAGGUCCACAGAAACAGCUUUCUUUUGCUCCAGGCGCCAGCGUAUGGUGCAAGAGAAUUGAAAAUUGUGUCUGCAGUGCAGAACAGGUUCUUUGGCAGUAACCUCAAAAUCUUACCUGUCCAUAGUAAUGUGGACACUGUCAAGGGAAUGAUGACCAUCGCUAAAGCCACCAGUAGACCACACAAGGACAGAGUGCAGGAGCGGAUGCAUUUAGCUCGAGCUCAGAUCAUCAAACACAGCCAUGAAACUUUAAAGAAAUUGGACGUUUUUAAGGUCAUUUAAUUUCCACUUUUAAUUUCCAUUUUACAGUCUUACAGUCAGAGUUCAGAGUCAUAUUUAAAUAUAAAAGCACAAAGUACACAAACACUAGUCAUGCAGCCACACUUCUACAUCAACACACACAACAGUUAGU